CCGGGAGCAGGGGCGGGGCGCUGGCCGCUCUCGACGCUGCCUGUGUCCCGCAUCCUAGCGCGCAUCCUGCAUCCCCGCCGCGGGGUAUGUAGCAGCGGGGCCGCCGCGGAAUAUGGGCGGGAACCACUCCCACAAGCCCCCGGUGUUUGAUGAGAACGAGGAAGUCAACUUUGACCAUUUCCAGAUUCUGCGAGCCAUUGGCAAAGGAAGUUUUGGAAAGGUGUGCAUCGUGCAGAAGCGAGACACGAAGAAGAUGUAUGCCAUGAAGUACAUGAACAAGCAGAAGUGCAUCGAGAGGGACGAGGUGCGCAAUGUAUUCCGGGAGCUGCAGAUCAUGCAGGGGCUGGAGCACCCAUUCCUCGUGAACCUGUGGUACUCCUUCCAGGAUGAGGAAGACAUGUUCAUGGUGGUGGACCUGCUCCUGGGCGGGGACCUGCGCUACCACCUGCAGCAGAAUGUGCACUUCACAGAGGGGGCCGUGAAGCUAUACAUCUGUGAGCUGGCCUUGGCCCUGGAGUACCUGCAGAGGUACCACAUUAUCCACAGAGACAUCAAGCCAGACAAUAUCCUUCUGGACGAGCAUGGCCAUGUUCACAUCACGGACUUCAAUAUCGCGACUGUCGUGAAAGGAGCAGAGAAGGCUUCCUCCAUGGCUGGCACCAAGCCGUACAUGGCCCCGGAAGUCUUCCAAGUGUACGUGGACGGUGGCCCGGGGUACUCAUACCCUGUCGACUGGUGGUCCCUGGGCGUCACGGCCUAUGAGCUGCUGAGGGGCUGGAGACCAUAUGAAAUCCACUCAGCUACUCCCAUUGACGAAAUCCUCAACAUGUUCAAGGUGGAGCGCGUCCACUACUCCUCCACAUGGUGUAAGGGGAUGGUGGCCUUGCUGAAGAAGCUCCUAACCAAGGACCCCGAGAGCCGUCUGUCUAGCCUCAGUGACGUUCAGAGUGCACCUUACUUGGCUGACAUGAACUGGGACGCAGUGUUCGAGAAGGCACUAAUGCCCGGCUUUGUGCCUAACAAAGGGAGAUUGAACUGUGACCCCACAUUUGAACUUGAAGAAAUGAUUUUAGAAUCCAAACCACUUCACAAAAAGAAGAAGAGGUUGGCCAAACACAGGUCCAAAGACAGCACAAAGGACAGCUGUCUGCUGAAUGGACACCUGCAGCAGUGUAUGGAGACAGUGCGGAAGGAGUUCAUCAUAUUCAACCGAGAGAAGCUCAGAAGGCAGCAGGGACCGGAUGGCCAGCUCUUGAACCACGACAGCCGAGCAGCAAGCCAGGCCUCAAGCAAGCUCCAGGAUGGCCACAACAACAACAUUCUGGCCCAUGCCUGUCCUGGUGGUUGCAGCAGCUAAACCCCUCCUGUAGCUGCCUGAUGGCACAUUCUCUGCCCUGUCCCUCCUCUGUGCCAUAAUGACCCCCAUCUUACCCCUGAGAACAUCCAAUGCAGAUGAGCCCUGUACUCAGAACUGGGGAGCCUUCAUUCGGGUCCCAGCUUUUGACUGAUUUGCUGUGUGGCCUUGGACAAGUCACACCUCCUCUGUGCCUCAGCCUUCUGCACCUGUCAAAGGAUUUAAGUAGCUCUCUUCCCCAUCUCAUUACAAGAUCAUUACGAGAUCCCAGUUGCAAUGCAGACAUGUAAAACCAUGGACAUUUAUAAAAUUGUUUAUACAUGUGCAAUAUAACCUUAAUAUCUGAGUGUACCCACUCUCCAAAGCAAUUAGACGAUCAUCACUUUGCAGUUUGGCCCACACCAGCUUGCUCGAUGGAACUUUUAAAAGCUGAAGCCACAUGACUGCCACUCCCAAGUCCUGAAGCAACCUGGAAGCUUCUUUGCUUUCCGAACAGCCGUGACCUUCGGACCUUCUAGCACGGCGCACCAACUAGCCUGGAUUCCAGGACUCCAAACACAUUGCUCCUUUCACUCACAGAAGACUGUUCCCAUCUUUGGAUUUCAGCAGCCGAAAUCCAAUUUCACUGCCAGCCGAAACCCCUGUGCUGGGGUGCACACAGGUGCCCAUUCAGAAGAGUCUAGCCACCGGUCACUAGUCACUCCCACAGAAUGUCACUGCUGCUCAGAGGAGACUCAGCCCUGCAGCAGAGGCCCCGUCCCGUCCCUGUCCCCUGUCCCGUCCCCACAGUCCUUCUUGGUUUUCCUUCCCAGGAAGGGGAUAAAACUGCAGCUGAGUCAACAGGAGCUUCCCAUCCACUAUUAGAACGUCUGAGUUAGAAAGUCUGAGUUCUUAGAGUUUAUUCUAGAAGGAAAGUAGGUUCAUUCUAAAAGCAAAAGACUUUAUGAGCUGGUCAGGGAGCCCCUUACCCAUGAACCCAGGACACUGAGGUUUAACAACUAAAGCUUGGGCUUUGCGGUUAGCUCAUAGCUAAUAACCUGAAGAGCUCGGGCAAGUCACGUGGUCUCGACUGUCAGUUUUCUUUUCAAAUGGAGAUGAGGGCUAACAAUGCAAGGUUGUUAUGGGGCUAAAUAACAUCCUGCAUUUCACAUCCAGCACAGUGGAUGAAUGAGAAAUGGUAGUAAUUUGUCAUCAUCAACACUGUCCUCCUCUGCAUCAUCAUAUCUGCCUCCUCUCCUUCCUCUUCCCACUCAUCACCACCACCAUCUUCCUCAUCAUCCUCUGGAGAUACUUUCCUGAUUCACCAAUAUGGUAGGUCUGCUUUCUGUUGAAGCAAGCCUCCCUUGUGCUUACGAUUCUAGUUUUGUUUUCUACAGACUGUGAUGUCUGGACAUCCCUGAUGAGUCCAACUGUUUUUAUCUUUUAAUUUUCAUUUUUCACUUUGACAUGAAGAAUCAAUCCUUGGAGCGAUCAUGACAACUCUGGGAUCGCUUAAGAGACGUAUUAAUGCAUGAUAAGGGUUUAUAUUUUUCUUUUAAAAAUAGUCAUUUUUUUGUUUCCAUUUGGACCAAGUCUGUUUUUACCCAGUGUUGCCCACAUCAGUCCACGUGUCCUGCUAAGGCUUCAGGUUGGAGGUCCCAUCAGCUCCUUCUGCCCCGCUGAGAAGUUCCAGGCUGCUCCUUUCUUCACUGUGACCUGGAAGCAUUACAAUUUCCUACUGGACUGAGUUCAGAAUAAGGAGAAGGAUAUCCUCUGGAUUUUCUGGCUCUGUUCAAGCCAGCAUUCCUUGUUCAGAAUAAACGUUUUCUUGAA